UCGGUUGAUUAAAGUAUCGGAUUUCGAAUUAAAAUUUCUGUUAAUCAAAUCAAAGAUGACGGCAGAGAUUAACAAAGGACCCGUGGUGGGAAUGCGACAUGUCCAGGCGUUCCUGAUCUUCCUCAACAUAACCACCAUGUUCAUAGGUCGACUCAAUGUGGGAGUGUGUGUGGUUGCGUUGACCAAUGCGGAAACCACAAACCCAGACUUUCCGGAAUAUGACUGGACGGAGGCGCAGAAAUCGUAUAUACUCUCCAGUUUCUUUUGGGGUUACAUCUUUACCCAGUUUCUGGGAGGAUAUCUGUGCAAAAGAUUUGGAGUGAAGAGUGUCAUGUUCUGGGGAGUCUUUGGUUCUGGAGUUUGCAGUGCCUUGACACCACUCUUCAUUGGAUUUGGCGAGUGGCAGGCCUACUGUGGAAUUCGAGUGAUAAUGGGAUUGUUUCAAGGAUUGGUCUUCCCCUGCAUUCACCAGCAUUUGGCCAAAUGGUCACCGCCAACGGAGAGAAAUCGAUUAGGAGGUCUUAGCCACACUGGAAUCGAGUGUGGCAAUGUGAGUGCCAUGUUCUUGAGCGGAAUGAUAGCCAAGAGCUCGAUGGGAUGGCCUGGAGUAUCGUAUGUCUCCUCCGGAAUCGCCUUCCUGUGGUGCGCACUGUGGUUCAUCUUCGCAGCCGACAAUCCCACUGAAUCUCGCUUCAUUGGAGAAGCUGAACUCCAUUAUAUCGAGUCUUCCCUGAAGCACAGUGAAAACUAUCACAAGAAGGUUGUUGCCAUACCUUGGAAGGCCAUUUGGACCUCGGCUCCUUUCCUGGCACUUCUUGUAGUCCGAUGCAGUGAAAACUGGGGAUUGAGUACUCUGCAGGCUGAAAUUCCAUCUUAUAUGAAUGGAGUCCUCGAUAUGGACAUGAAAAGCAAUGCUUUCUUCUCAGCACUUCCCUUUUUGGCCAUGUGGUGCAUGGCAUAUGUUUAUUUAAUCACUGCGGAUAUCCUUCUGAACAAAAACCUGGUUACCUUGGCGGUUUUGAGGAAAACUUACAACUCGAUAGCUUUCUUUAUUCCCGCUGUCACUUUGGUUGGCAUUGGAUUCCUGAGCAAGGAACAGAAGAACUAUGCGAUUGCUCUGAUGACCAUAAGUGUGGGUGUGAAUAGUGGUCAGACCAUUGGAAGUGUUUUGAAUACCAUUGAUCUAUCGGAAAAUCAUGCUAGCAUUCUAAUGGGAAUUGUAAACACAGCGGCGAACUUUGUUCCCAUUGCCACUCCUUUGGUGGUUGGAUGGGUUGUAGAGGAUAAUACUGAUCGCACAGAAUGGCAGAUCAUAUUCAUCAUCGCCUCUGUCUUCUUUUUUGUGGGCAACUUGAUCUAUUUGAUCUGGGGCAAGAUGGAAACUCAACCAUGGAAUGCCGAGGACUAUCUCCAAGUCAAAGAUCAGGAGCUUGGCAAGGAAUUAGCCAGUAAUGACGCGCCGAAGAAGAAUUUGUCCUUACAAAUCAAUGAAAAAACCAAAGAUGAUUCCAACGCGACUAGCGGAUAAAAAAUCCAUUUAGUUUUUAAG